UAGGAAUUACUUCCUCCAUACAGCCAAAGACCGUACAGUAUUUAUUUUUUUGAAACUCUCUGAUACAGCUUCUCGCCGAACAUCCAACGAGAUCGAGUCUGUUUAGUGUUGAAGAAACCGGGUGGUUGUUGUUCCUAAAAUAACGUUAACGUUUGUUGACGGCUGGCGCGACCUCAAAACCACCAAACUAACAUCAUCAGGAUGGCGGAGGCGCCAGGUACUUCUAACGAGACGAUAACGGAGACCAUUCAAGUCGAAACACCGCCACCGCCCCAGCAGGUAAGCUAGCUAUAGAAACCGAAAUAAUUAGUUAAGUAGUAGAUACAGGAAGAUAACGAAUAGACUGUUUGGAAUCGAGUCCAAUAUGCAUGCAGAGGCCGCAGUUCAGAGUUUGGAGCAAACUAGCUUGCUACCUAGUUACAAUAGCGAAAAGCCAUCCAUUAGCUAAAGCCGGCAAUUCCGUAGUGAUGCGGAAUUACACAGACACCGAUUUUUCCAUUUUAAAAUGUAUGCCAAACAAAAGCCAUUGAUUUCAAAGUUUAACAAGUCAUACAACUUUAUGCACAAUGACUACUUUAUGCACAAUGACUACUUUGAACAAUUUACACAGUAAAUAAAUAAAACAUUUACUGGAAAAACUGUGCAGAUGAAAAGUUUGGAAGCUAACAGAAUUGCGUUCAAAUCUUCCUCGCUCGGUUUUAUGUUGCCAAAAUGUGUAUCUGCACAGUUCUUCCUGUAAAUGUUUUUUUGUCAAAUUUUCCGUGCAAAUUGUUCAAAAUAGUAAUUGUGCAUAGAGGUCUAUGGUUUGUUCAACUUUGAAAUCAAUGUUUUUUGUUUGGUAUACAUUUUAAAAGUAAAUAAUCUGAGUUUCGGCGUAAUGCUGUUACCAUGGAAUUGCCCCUAACUAACUAGCUCAUAUUAUUUGAUCCUAGCUGUCAAGUGUAGUACAUUGCCAGUUGUACCAGACCAUCAACUAACUAGCAAAUGUGAUGUCGACUGGCUACAUGAACCCGUUGACAAGAGAAACACCCAAUGCAUGUAUGAAGCUGAAACAUAGUCUCCUGUUUGUAUCUCUCAGGAGGGACGUAGCCUGACCAUCAAGCUGAGGAAGAGGAAGACUGACAAGAAGGUGGAGUGGUCCAGCGACACAGUGGACAACGAGCAUCUGGGAAGGAGGUCCUCCAAGUGUGAGUAUUUAUUCCACACAUAUGCAUGCAAUUGUAGGUGUUAUUGAUGACUGAGGAUUUCUGACACCUUCACAGGUUGCUGCGUCUACGAGAAACCCAAACAGUUCGGAGAGUCCUCCUCUGAAAGCGAGGGAGAUGACGGCGACGAAGGCUGUGGAAGUGCACACUGCAUUCUGGGACAUGGGAAAGACAGGCAUGGACACAGUGGAGGGGGCGGGGCGAGUACGGUGCCUCCCAGCUCCGGGGGAUCACACACCCACUAAUGAUUAGGAGUGGUGCUGAGGGAGGAGUGGAGCCUGGGGGUUCUUCUGUCUAUGACAACGACACAUUAUACUACUACACACGCUCUCAUUUAGUUCAGUCACUGCAGUACUGGGAGGAAAAGGAAGAGAUAGAUAAAGAUUAGGAGAGCGAGAACAAAGGAAACAACACAACCUGUUUCAGAAGAAAAAGGGGUGCUGUUGGGAGUAUAUUGUACAAUCAUUUUACUACUUUUUUUAUAAAGAAUACUUUUCCUUAUUUAUUUGUCUAAAUACUUGAUUUUACUUCAUUAUGUUGCAGUAUCUUAGCCUGUGUGCCAGACAGUCCGUUCCUGCUUGGCAAACAAGGAUUUUGAAAGACGAUGAAGUAACAUUUGUAGAGAGCCAAUAUAGUCUGGUACCCAGACUACCACUAGGGUUGGGUCACAAAUGACACCCUAUUCAGGGCUCUCCAACCCUGUUCCAGGAGAGCUACAGUCCUGUAGGUUU